AGUUAGUUUUCAAAAUUUAUCAAAUAGAUAUUUUUUGAUCCACUUAAUAUAUGUUUACAUUGAUUUCUGUUCUAGGGCUAAUUUGUUUUUUGAAUCAACAUCUUUUGCAAUAGUAAGCCCUGCAAAAAUCUAAGUCUCUUAUACUAAAAUAGUUAUCUUUCUCAACCAAAGCCAUAAAUCUUAGGAGGAAGUAGUGCCAAGUCUGUUUGACAAGGCUGGUUUUCUUUCUUCUUUUCCAUAUGAAGACAUACAGGCUGAACAUCUUGCUAAGACAUUUUUAGCCAGGUUGGCACAGGGUGUUCACACCUGCAGAAAAUUGAUUUUGAAUCCUUUCCCCAUGUUGUCCUGUCUCAGGUGUGUUCAUUGUAUCUGCCAUGGGUAUGGUAUCUCUUUGGUCUGGCAGCAUCACACAGUAACUAUCAUUUCUUCAUAGUUACAUUUUUUCCACCUUUUUUGUUAGGGAGGACAAUGUUACAUGGUGCUUAUAGAAACAGACUGAACUGUGAGCUGUUUUGAAGCUCCAUCUAUGUUAAAAGGCCAUGUUACUGUUUCCUUGUGACCUGACCUGUUGACAUUUGGUGUGGUAGGAUGUGGUAGGGAUGCCCAUCAAAAACCCAGUCCUUUUUUAGGAGUCUGAAAGGAGUCUGAGGAGGAGGACCUGGACCUGGGAAUAGUCCAAGGGGAAUGAAGGAAUGGGUGUCCCUCCACCCUGCUCGUGGUCAUGGCCACGUUUUCACAGAUGGGUCAGCACCAGCUGUCUCAUGUCCAUGAAAUGGCUGGGCAUGGAGGUGACACUGCUGUCCCCAGGGCUCAUGGCAGUGGGGAUGAUCGGAGCAGUCACCUACAACUCCCAAUUUGGAUUGGGUUGAAAGUGGUGUGGAAAGUUUUAGGUGUCUUCCUUAGCUGCUGCCUAGACGUGUUUUAAAGACCUCUGUUUAUAACUCAUCCGAAAUGCUGCCGCCAAUGUCGUGGAGGGGAUAGCGCGCAUGGGGGUCAGCUCUGUGCCUACCCGCGGGUGCGACUGGGGUGCUUGGUGACAGCGUUUCUGUGGCCAGGAAUGAGCUACCUACCUCCAGCCAUGCUGGCAGCACCCAUUGGUUGAAUGGCUGUGAAAGUCAUUAAAUCUACCUCUGCAGUGAAUUUUCCCCCUUUAGAGCUGGUGUUCAGGAGUCAGUUGCCUCUCUAGGUAGACCUUGUGGUGUUUACUUGGGGAAGAACAUGUGGUGGGUAACGUCUGACCCAUACAGGCAGAGUCACGCGUCUCCUGUGAGUCUGCAGUGGACCAGGCUUUCGGGCAGAGCUGCCCUGCUGUCGGACCAGCAUGUUGCCUACAAAAGGUUUUGUUAGACGAGAGCUACGUGUGCAGUGGAGCAUCAUUAAGAGGCUCAGUGAGCCUUUUCCAAAGGCCAUUGAACUCAAAUGAAAGACUCGAUAAGUUGAAAAGCCUGGAGACAAGAUUUAGAAGGAAGUAAGAGUUUUUGAGUGUGUCUGUAUGGGAUUGGGGGUUGAGGAGUGCUGGAGGUAGUGAGACCUAUUUACCCUCUUUUCCGAGCUCUGGGGCAGGAGGGUGUGAAAACAGCGGAGGAGAGGGUGGGCAGUGGGGAUCCCAUGGAUGUGGUUGGGAGGAAGAUGAGAAGCUGGAGGGUGGAGGGACCGUAUCUAUACUAUCUGUCUCUUCUGGCAUCAGCCUCCUUAUUUAACCUGUUUCAGGGGUUUCUCCAGUGGUGUUUUGGGCAGGUACUAUCUGUGCAACUGCCCUUGGCAUAUACACAGCUAUGGAAGGGGUGGAGAGCUUGGGUCUGCUGGGCGUUUGCAAAACGAGAUGUGAGAGUUUGUGUGCUGGAGCAGGGGUCUGGGUCCUGCGGGGUGUGUGUCCUUGAAGGUCCAUGGUGAGCAGCUGACCCCAGCCCAUGCUGCAAACCUGCAAUACAGUGCCAGGAAUCACUGGGGCUGAUUUCUAGAUUUAAGUAGGACCCUAAGGCAACAAAGAGCUUGGCAGCAGGGUGCCCUGCCUAAGCACGAGCCAGUUUGUGUGAAGCUGUGUGAACAAGCAUUUGUUUUUCAUGCAUUGGGCUGAAAUGCUUUGUUGCUUUAAUGGGUAAAAUGAAGCCUGGUGGUGAAUCAGUCCCUUUAAAAUGACACACAGAGCUGUAGAUACGGAGCCUACUGCUAGAAAUCAGUGAUAGUAAGAGUGUCAGAAUUUUGAAAGUCUGUAUUUGGAUGCUAAAAGCCUCUGUGGUUAAUACAGCUUGGGUAUAAAGGUUUUUAUUAGAGAGAGAAACCCCUGCAGUUUAGGGUAAAAGCCAGCCACCAGCUGAUCAAAUUAAGCAGAAGCAUCCUCAUGCAUGGGAUGGUCUGUAAUUGCUCACUUCAGAAUUUCUUCGCCUCGUUCUGCCUUUCAGCUGAUGAUGGCACUGCCACAGUCAGGGCAUCACUUCUGCUGCUGCGAUUCAUCCCGACGGCUGGUUUGUGCUAAGGGGACAAAGUCUCGGGAGGUGAAUUCUGGUGAUGCUUUAAAGGAGAAGAUAAUUGACUCGUGGGUUGGAGAAACAUAACAAAAGAGGGGAGUUUGGGUCUGUGGAGGCAAAAGCAAUGCUUGGUUUAAGAAGAGGUACUGUAGGCACCCUGAAUGAGCUAAUGCAAAAUCCUAAUUAGGCAAAACUUCUGUGCGAUUCUCAAGAAGGACCAACAGAUCAGAGAGCAGAUCCGUGUAGAGUAGCAUGUUGUCUGUGUAGAGUUAUUGUCGCACUCCUUGAGACAUUGCCAGAGAGAUGGGCUAGAUGACGAGAAGCUGGGAGAAAGGCUUGAGAAGGCUUUAAAACCAGUGUUUGAGCAUUUUUUUGAUGAAUCGGAGGGAGAAGCAAAAGAAUUUAGGAACAGGAGAGUUGCAAAAUUAGCAUGGCAUGGUGUGACGCAGGAGAGGGACAGUGGCCUCUUGUGGGAGGUGCUUGAGAAGAUGCUGAUGCUCAGUGAUUUCCAAACUUGCAGCUGACAUCAGUGAUGACAGAGCCUGGGAGUCAUCUGAACUUGCCCAUCUCCUACUUGGUCGCGAUGGAGAUCUGUGUAGAUGCCAGAACACAGUGGUGCUCUUACCUGAGUCGUGAACAGUGCUUUGCCCUAUUCAAUUUUUACUUUACUAAAAUGAAUAUCAUGGGCUUCUUAAUAGUCACAGGAGCAUAAAAAUCUCAGUGUAUCACAAUUCAUCAUCCUUUAAAAAUUGAAUUUCUGUUGAAUUAUGCCUUGCUGCUGUAGUGCUGUGGAAAAGCUCUUAUUAUUCAUAACUAUAAAUACAAUGAUGUUGAGAUUUAACUGGUGCCUGAAGGCUUUAUGCUGUACUUUUGUAUUGACAAAGCAAACAGUCUUAUGGAUUGGUUUAAGUUUAUGGGAUGGGAGGUGGCUGAGCCCUUCCUCGCCGUUGGAAGCAGUGAUCUUCCUCUCCAGUCCCAAGCCAUCUCUGAGUAGGCAGGAGGGUUUGGGGCUAUUUUGGCCCUUUAGGACUGAGAUAAACGGCCACCAAAAAAAAGGAAAUAGAAUAAAGAAAGAAAUAAAAUCCCUGUUGGGUGGGUGCUUUUCCUCUUGGGUACCAGCUUGGUCAGGCUGCUGGAGGACACGUUUCAGGACCAACGCCAGCUUGGAGGAAGUGCUUGGGUUUGUGAUAGCAGGUUGCAUGGCCUGUAGGACAAGGAAGAAGAGCUGGAGAAUGCGAUGGAUCCCCAGAAACUGCCUGAAUCACCCAGGUCUUCAUCAGCACAGAGGAGUGACUGGACCAGCACAGUAUAGUGACUUUCUGUAGGAAGGUUCUCACUUGCUCUCCUUGGUGGACAUCAGUAAACACUUUCAUGUUCUUCCUUGUCCCAACUGAACGUUUAAACAGACAUUGGCCCAAUUGUGUGAUUGCAAUGAGGACAGACCUGGCCAGGUAGAAGUUUGCUCGGGUUUGCGUUUUGCUUUGCGAGCAUCUAUUUUGGGCCUGAAAUGUGGAAAAGUCCUGUAAUUUGGUGCUCGGUUGAGGCCAAAUUUGAGGCCUCCGCAUGGAUUUUACUGUAACACAAAAGAGAAGUGAGUUAAUCUUUUACAAGAAAUAAUUAACAUAUGGAAAUAAUUUUUAAAACUGUGAUUGGGUAAAUUUGGUCUCUGGGGACAAGGUGGGAAGGAUUCUGAUUGGAUUUGGAGGGAUUUUUUUUUUUGUGUGGUUAUAAUUAGAAAUUUACACAUAGCAAAAGAAGUAUUGCUGUUGGAUGUUGGUUAUCAUGGCCUGUAGGUUGUUUGGAGUUUUGUUUGUUUUAUGAUCUCUUUUCUUAAUAUAGCGAUUGGUCCUUGCAGAAGUUUGGCAGUGGCAUGUUAACUUUUGACUUAGUUUGGACAUUCAAUAUUUUUGUUACAAAAUAACUCUUCUGCUUUUUUUUUUUUUUUAAACAAAAACUAGUAAUCUCUUGGGAACUGAAAUUCUGUAUUUGAGAAAUUGCAAAGCCUCCAUUUUGGGCUUUCUUCCACUGAAAGCAAGGCAACAAAAUUGGUGAUUUCACAGUAGUUGUAUUUUCUAAUGCAUUUCAAAACUAGUUUCCACGUAGGCAUACAGAGAGUUACAAAAAAAGUGUUAAAAAUUAGAUGCCUAAAUGUUUUGCCGUGUAGCAGGUCGAAACAACGGGCUGGUCGUUAAGUGGUGGUUGACAUGGUGAGCCCCUACAAGUGAAGGGGCCUAACACCAUUUAUUUGCCUUGGAGUUAUUUAAAAAUCUCGCUGAGUGUACUGGAGGGUUGCUGCUGUCACAGGACCUGUGAGAUGGGGCUCGUCUCUCCAUCUGGGUCUGACAUCCCGGGCUUGCUCCCUGCACACGUCAGGGCAGUUGGGAUGUGUUUGGAGGAGGAUGAGGAUGGUACCAGUGGCCAGACAGGAAUUCAUCCCUUCUUGUUUGCAGAAAUGUUGGGGUUUUGCAUGGAGAUGACUGGUACCUGAACAGAAAACAUUGCAAUGGAGGAUUUUCUUUGGUGGAGAAGACCUUGAGACCUGCUGGGUGGUGACUUUUAAAAGACAUGGGUUUUGUGACUUGCCAGCCUUGAAGGACCCUGGAGCUGCAGGGUGCAAAUACCAGCGCGGAGGAACGGCGAGUUGAUUAACUGAAUCCCUGAUAAAAGGGGAGAUGAGGCCGACGAGAGCAACAGCAGUGGGCGGAGGAGCUCUUCCAGCAGGGAGUGUUUGAAGAGGAGCCCGUGCAGCCCGAAAGCGGAGGGCUCCGAUUCGGUGACAUCUCAGUCCUCACCCAGUGAAGAGGCUGGAAUGAUGACUGAGGUGAAAGUGAAAACAGAGGUACCAGAUGACUAUAUCGAAGAGGUGAUCUGGCAGGAUGACACCAAAGAUUCCAAGAAGAACGUAAAAGACGGGCCAGGAGAUGUGCCCGCAGAGAUCUGCGUGGUCAUAGGUGGGGUCCGCAACCAGCAGACACUCGAUGGAAAAGCAGUGGAACGUGGCUCUCCCGUUGGAUAUACACGAAAUCGAUAUUCAGGGACCUGGAUUUUUGACCAUGCAUUGAGAUACACGUCCGGGUCUUACGAGUGUGGAAUAUGUGGGAAGAAAUACAAGUAUUACAACUGUUUCCAGACCCAUGUGCGAGCACACAGAGACACUGAAGCUGCCUCAGGUGAAGGAGCCUCACAAGGCAGUGCCCCUCUGGCUGCGGAAAGGGAGAAGAAACCUCUCUCCAGAGCUGUCUUUGUGCUGCCCUGGGUGGAAUCCACAGAAACAAACAAUUUUAGGUACACAUGUGACAUUUGUGGGAAAAAAUAUAAAUAUUAUAGCUGCUUCCAAGAGCACAGAGACCUGCAUGCUGUGGAUGUUUUUAGUGUGGAAGGGGCCCCAGAAAACCGGGCAGACCCCUAUGACCAGGCCGUCAUAGCAGCAGAUGAAGUGAAGGAGGAGGAGCCGGAACCGUUCCAGAAGAUUGGUCCAAAAACUGGCAAUUACACCUGUGAAUUCUGUGGCAAGCAGUACAAAUACUACACUCCCUACCAAGAACAUGUGGCACUGCAUGCACCUAUUACUCCCAUGAUGAGUAAGAUUUAUGAUUUACAGGGUCAAACCACUAACCCUGAUGGGCUUACAGGAGAGGGCGUGAUGAGCUCCCAAGGCAGGCUGGCCAAGUUCUCUCGAUCUCCACUCUUCGUGGCAGUGAAGACACAGGCGAGCCAAUCCAGCAAAAAAACACCGGCUUCAAUAAACCGAUGUUCUACCCUCCUGCACCGCACCCCCUCCGGUGUCCCACCCGCAUCCCAAUCCCAGAUGUUCCGCGCUCCAAAUUCUGGAUCCCCAGGAAGCAAGGCCAUCACAGCAGAAAGUGCUUUCAGCAGGAGAGUGGAAGGCAAAGCGCAAAACAACUUUGAAGAAACAAACAGCAAUUCUCAGAACUCCAGUGCUGUUCAUUCGGGGACAGAAAAACCUAAAGAAAAGAGGUGUAAGCAGAACCCAUCAGAAACCGCAAGUCCCCUGAUUUCAAAUCCUUUCCCGCUUUUACAAAAGCCUUACACCUGUGGAGCUUGUGGAAUCCAGUUCCAGUUUUAUAACAAUCUCCUGGAGCACAUGCAGUCCCAUGCAGCUGACAACGAGAACAAUAUUGCCUCUAGCCAACCCAGAUCACCUCUAGCUGUUGUUGAAGAAAAGUGGAAACCACAGCUCCAAAGAAACAACGCCAACAAUAAGGAGCAAUGCUCAUGUGGUGCUUUCUUUUCCUCCUUGUAUUUCACUGCAGCACCCGCGAGCGGUUCAGUAGGGAACAGCGCGAUCCCAGAGAAGGAGCGGCAGAACAUUGCUGAGAGGCUCCUGAGGGUGAUGUGCACUGACCUUGGGGCUCUGAGCGUGGUGAGCGGGAAGGAAUUCAUCAAGCUAGCACAGACCCUGGUGGAUAGUGGCGCUCGCUAUGGUGCCUUCUCUGUCACCGAAAUCCUUGGCAAUUUCAACACACUGGCUCUGAAGCAUUUGCCUCGGAUGUACAACCAAGUGAAGGUGAAAGUCACCUGCGCCCUGGGCAGCAACGCAUGCCUUGGCAUCGGUGUCACUUGCCACUCACAGAGCAUCGGCCCCGAUUCUUGCUACAUCCUGACAGCUUAUCAGGUGGAAGGCAAUCACAUCAAGAGUUACGUCCUGGGAAUUAAGGGCGUAGACAUUCGAGAUAACGGUGAUUUUAUCCACCACUGGGUACAGAAUGUGCUCUCGGAGUUUGUGAUGUCAGAGAUCAGGACGGUGUACGUCACAGACUGCAAAGUCAAUUCCUCUGCAUUCUCCAAGGCAGGCAUGUGCUUGCGUUGUUCAGCCUGUGCCUUGAACUCAGUAGUGCAGAGUGUGCUGAACAAGCGAACACUACAGGCUCGCAAUAUGCACGAAGUGAUCGAGCUCCUGAAUGUCUGUGAAGAUCUGGCAGGAUCCACAGGCCUCUCGAAGGAGACCUUUGGCUCCCUGGAAGAGACCUCUCCCCCACCCUGCUGGAACUCGGUCACUGACUCCCUCCUGCUUGUCCACGAGCGCUAUGAGCAGAUCUGCGAGUUCUACAGCAGGGCAAAGAAGAUGAACCUCAUCCAAAACCUGAACAAACACCUGCUCAGCAACCUGGCAGCCAUUUUGGCUCCUGUGAAACAGGCGGUGAUUGAGUUGAGCAACGAGAGCCGGCCCACCUUGCAGCUGGUACUGCCCACCUAUGUCAAACUGGAGAAACUGUUCACUUCCAAAGCUAAUGAUGCUGGCGUAGUCAGCAAGCUCUGCCACCUCUUCUUGGAGGCGCUGAAGGAGAACUUCAAAGUUCAUUCGGCACACAAGGUAGCCAUGAUCUUAGACCCUCAGCAGAAGCUGCGGCCUGUGCCACCGUACCAGCAUGAAGAGAUCAUUGGCAAGGUCUGUGAGUUGAUCAAUGAGGUGAAAGAGUCCUGGGCAGAAGAAACAGAAUUUGAACCUUCAACCAAGAAGCCUCGGGCAGCAGGGGAAGCCACAGCAGCUCAGGAAGAAGAUUGGUUCGGGAAAAAUGAAGUCUAUGAUUAUUUGCAAGAACCUCUCUUCCAGGCCACCCCUGACCUGUUUCAGUACUGGUCAUGUGUUACCCAAAAGCAUACAAAACUAGCCAAGCUAGCCUUUUGGCUCUUAGCAGUGCCUGCUGUUGGUGCCAGAAGCGAAUGUGUAAAUAUGUGUGAGCAGGCUCUCUUAAUCAAAAGGAGACGGCUACUCAGUCCAGAAGACAUGAACAAACUCAUGUUUUUGAAGUCCAACAUGCUUUAAGACUGUCUUUUAAUUAAAACAAAACUUUAAAACACUGUUCCAAACAAAGAAAAAGAAUUUUAAGUUCUAAACACUGUGGACCUCAUUAUGAAUGCCCCUGGAAACCAAGUGCUUUUUUAUAUAUAUAUAAAAAUAUAAAUAUAUAUAAAAUUAAGUUUGAAAGGAAAGCUGAGCACGUGAGAGAGACAGCCCUCUGCCAGGAACGUGCUCCUUUCCAUAGAUAGUGUGUGGACUUGACAGACUUUCUAAUGUUUUCAAGUGGGCAGACGAAUGGGAGGCUGAUGUUCUAAAGUCUUCAGGCAGCUGAGAUCUAAAGUGACUUGAAGUUUCUUUUGUUUCUCCUCCACCCCACCUCUCCUCUUGUCCCCUGGGCCAUCUUGCCAUGGAUAAUCAGACUACAUUGAACAGACCAGUUCUGCACUGGACUUUGCUCCUUUGAAUAACUGUACACCUUGAGGGCAUUUGUCUGCAGCCUUCUUGACAUACGGUGCAUGUUAUCAGGGCAGCUGUGUUUUAUGAACACCAGUAUCUUUAGAAAUCAGGAAGGGAGACUUUAAGGGUUCUUUUAUUUUAUUUUUAACCUUUUCGUAUACAUUUUUUCCAAAAAACAGAAGUUACUCUUCUGUCUCCACUCCCAGUUUUGAGUUUAACAUGUUAGCUAGUGAUUCUAAGUUUGAUUUAAAACUAAGGAGAAAUGGUUCAUGGCAGAAAAUGUCUGUAAUUGUUACGUUUCUUGGAUUUAUAUUUUUACAGCAUAACUUCUUUUCUGAAUUCCCAGUGUUAAUUAGCUUCUCUGUGAAUUUUGUACAUCAGGGUUUCUCAAACUUGUUCUAGAGUAGCCUAUCUGCGAUUAAAUAAUAUCCUUAUGGGAACCACAGCAGUCGCUUAUAUGGAGAACCUAGAAACCAGGAAAAGCAAGCAAGUGGUGUCAGCACAGAUGUCUGUGGGCCACCAGCAAGCUUGCCGGGGUCUGCCAGCUGCCAUUGAGAACCCUUGUACCUAAACUGUUUGUAAAAAAGUUUGUCAGUACACACACACAAAAUAACCUUCACAAGGCCAAGGACAAACCAAGGUGUAUGAUUUUUCAGGGGAACAAAGAUCAUCAGUUUUGUCAAACUGGGGUUUGAAGGAAGCUUAGAGAAGUGCAUGGGCUCAAAGAUCCUUCUGAAUGUAAGUGCUCCUGAUUGAGUGCAAAGAAUAUCUUCCCAUUUUAUUUGGAAUAGUUUCCUCUAGUAGCACGAAUGUCUUUUUAAUACCUACAGUGCAUUACACUACUUGUUACGUUGCUGAAUCGUUCUGGCUAGGAAGGCCACGGGCCCUUAAACGUUCACACUUACUGGCUCACCCCAAAUGCAAUUAGAGAUCAUCAUAAUGCAAAAACAUCUCACUCACUCUGCUGUCCACCAGGGCCAGUGUUCUGCUGUGUCCAGUGCCCAUAGGCACAGUUCAUGGGCUGCUGGACGGGAUCUCUGCAGGCUGUCAGGUUUGGUGCCUCUUGGACAGUUCCCAACUGCUGGUGCCAAACUAUGAAUUUUUCAUCACUGGGACUUGUAUCCCAGAGGCAAAUUGAAGCAAAUUCUUAUUUUUGAAGUAGUCUCUCCUGCUUCCAGUCAUGUGCUCUAGAGCUGUGGUCACAGUGGCAGCAGAGCAGCACUGGAGGUUCAGGAGGAUGGACUUGCUCAGCUCCGAGCAGGCAGGCUGGAGGCUGAAGCCCUUCAACAGUGCAGGAGUGUUUUCUGGUUGCUGACAAUGCAGUGGUGAGACUGGAGGCCCUCUUUGAAGUGCUGCUGUUGAACAGAUGUUAAACCAAGAUCCCACCUGCCCAUCUCUGGUUGUAAUAGAAGUUGCAAGUCCCAAGAUAGGAGAAAUGGCAAACCCGAUCUCUGAGGCUUUGCGUGCAGAUGCUUUGAACCUGACGGGCACUAACUGACAGCUUCAGUGCCAUGGGGCUCAGACAGGGGGACAGUUUGCAUGCUAGAGACUUUCCCUAGGUCGAGGUCACUGAGAAUAGCUCUUCGCACCCAGCUGUCUUGCCCUUUUCAGCCUGGAAACAGGACCUACUAUUAGCUUGAGUCGAGCAUUUGUGUUGACCUGUCGGCACUGUUACUGGCAUCAGGGCAAAACUAGUUGUCUCCUAAAUGUAAGUUUUGCAUAUGGAUAUCUUAAAAGACACAGUCUGCAACCCCACUGACAACUGCAGGAGUAGCAGCACCUGAAGAUGAGCUGCCAAGGCAGAGGCACUUGGACAUCUUGUUUCUCUGGCAGUGGUUUUUGCAAAUGGAGGUGUUGGCUGUAGGGCCAACUUUUCUUCUUGCUGGUUUUAUUUUCUCCUGUAUAAGUCCUGCUUGCCCAGCCACCAGUUGGGCCUAUAGUAACACAUCUGUUUGCACUUGCAGUGCAGGAGAAACCUGUAACGAACAAUAACUAAGUCUGAAACUACAAACAAAAAACCCAACUGAGAUGUGUGCCAAUUACAAAGCGUUUGUGCUGUGCUGCUGUUCCCACUGUAAAGCACAAAGUAUCCUGCAGCAAGAAGACUUGGCUGGAGGAUGAAUCCAAAGCAAGAUUUGCUUUUGAGGCUGCAAAGUGUGUACUGUGCAGCUCAGCUGAUGGGCAGAACUGGGGACAGGAUUUGUAGUUCUUUCUCCUGUGGCACGUUACACCUUUUUGCGUGGUUCGCCUGAGACCCUGAAUGCUUGGCGAAUGUGCAAAACCCUUGCAUUCCUUUGAAAAGAAAGUUCCAAACCCCAGCGCUCUGUUGCUAAGGGACAGGCUGAUAACUUCUGUGGGAUUUGCCAACUUGGGCUCAUCGUGUUGUCUGUCUGCAAGGCAUUAAGGGUGGAGAAGUGGACAAAGCAGAGUUAGCACAGGUUUAAAGCCCUGGAGCUGAGAAUGAGGUAAAAUUGCAGUCAUUUGUGCAACCAUUUGAUGCCAGGCUGCGCACAGCAGUGAGCUGGACCAUGGCUGCACAGCCAGGGCAUGCAAACAGAAAGGCCACAGCCACCCUUAACUCCCAGCCCAUCUCCCAUUCUCCUUUUUACAGUGUGGUUUUGGCACCCGAUCUGGAGCUUUUUUACUGUCACAACCAAAGAGAGGGAUUGACUGGCCCUCUCCCCCAUCCGAGUAACUGUCCCCUUCAAGGCAAUUCUGGUUACAGUUGCACUAAUGAUGGUAUUUAAGCAAACAUGCAGCAAUGUCUGGUAGGUGGUAUUCUCCCAAAGACUUAAAAACUCAACUUAGCAGCUGAAAAAGCGAGAUAAAACCAAAAGCCCUAAAAUGGAACAAUCUAGAAAGUCGGUGAGAGGAGGAGCUGGUUGGCCAGCCCCCUUCUCCAGCAAGUCAGUGGAAGAAGACACAUCUUUUCAUGAGUUUUAAACGUGGUUACAGGGUGUUCAGCUCAGAGAAGCUAUUCAUGCUGUGUCUGCUCACAGGCUGACUUUUGUCUGAUACGCUUAUGCUUCAUUAAAAGGAGAGAAGCACACCUGGAGCACACAUAUUUACCCUAAAUGCCAAGCUUUUGCUCCUGUUUCUCCUUCCUCUUCAAGGCUUGGAUUUGCAUUCUAGGGAGCAAAGAUACUUUACCAAGGUCUGAAUUUUGGAAGCUCUUAAUUUGCCAGGUUACUCGAACCCAAACUAUUCUAUGAUUCUAUUCAAUGAUUGGCUCAGUGGUAUGGAGCAGCACCUCCUGUGGUGGGAGACCAGAGAGGAGAGGAUCUAAUAGUUUGGCCAGAGCUGUCAUGAGGUUCUGCUCCCAUUCAGCUGGGAGGAGAAGUCCUCAGAAUUGGGCUCAUCCUCUGGUAGGUCAUGUUGGGAAUUUGCCUUCUGUUUGUUUGUUUCCUUUACUCGCACUUGAGGAAUGUGUUGGAAUACAAAAAUGGUGUGUGUGUCCUCCAGGCAUUCAUUUGUUUCUGCUGCUUAACACGGUGCCUGACCUUGCAGACUUUUGACUUCACAGUUUGCUUUGGGAAGGGUUAUGAUCUUCAGGUGGGGAGCAAGCACCAACAGAAGAUGAACUGUUUGAAGUUCGUGUUACUGUCUGAAGUCCUGUCUGAAGAUCCUUGUUACUAGAAAACUGAGAAAGUGGGAUACAAAGGCAGAGUUCUUCAGAACAGUUGUUUCUGUGUGAGCACCGCAGCCAGAGGGUCAGUGGAGAACAUGGAGCCCAGAUGUGUCUCCUGUGUCUGUCUCUUCUCCCCAUGUCUCUAGCAGUAGACAACAGUUGUGUUCUGGCUUGCAAGAUGGGCUCGGUGUCUUGCACCUGGGUCGGUUUCAGAUGGAAGUAAACUUUCCUUUUUGUCAAAGCUAUAUGUUUGUUUUAAGAAAACUGAUUUGGUUGUAUAUGAACUAGUGCAAUCUGGAAAACUUUCUGUGAAAGCUGACUGUGGGCUCAGGUUUUGUCUAAUCCAGUUUGUUAAUUGCUGGUUAAACCAGUUUAACUUUGAGAUAAAUUGGUUUAAGCAUCCCUAUGAACCACCUGCACUGGUUUAACUGCGCUUGCUGGGUGUUCUCCCCUGCUGAUCAGAGAAUACGUCCAGAAGCAGCUCAGGGAGUCAUGACCCUUAUGUGAAUUUUGUAAAUGAAGUUGCGGCAGAUAACUCUCAAAGCUCGGGAAUGACUGAAAAUAGAGGGGAGACACUUCUGAAAAUUGCUUUAGCUCUAAAUGGUGGUAUCUGAGUUAAUACAGUAUUCAGUGAGAUGUCUCAGGUUGGUUGGUUUGUUUUUUUCCAACUGCUUGCAAUAACAUGGAAGGUUUAGUGUGAGAAGAAAUUACCACAUAUGUUUAUAUUGGUGGAUGAGUCUGCUCAGCCUUACCCAGUCUGAGGGACCGUUUCCACUUUCUGGAUCCCACAGUAGGCAAGCCAGGACAUAGUGUUGCACAGGAUCAGGGUGACUGAGGCAUUGUGCUACUUGGAGAAUGCUGUGUGCAUUUCUAGACAGCACCAACUUAUUGAUAAAUCAAAAGACAGUAAAAGAGCAGCCAGAAAGUUAUUCAGAGGCUGGGAGUGCUGCUUUGUACUGAGGAAAGACUUGGAUCUCUAAUUGCAUCCCUCUGGCUAAAGGAGGUGGAGAGGAGCUCCUGUGAGCAUUCAGAGGGAGGACAUGCAGGAAGGGACAAGUUGUUCCCUAUGGAAUAAUUAGGAGCAAUGGGAUGGAAAUGAACAAAAAGACUCUAAAGGCAUAUUCUGGGAAACCUUUUCAGGGAGGAGAAAUCUGUUCAUCUGGGAGGAGUCUGUUACGGGAAUGUUUUUCGAGCCGUAUCAUUUAAAAUGAGGCUGUACAGCUGCAUGGAGCACUCUCCAUAAGGCACAAGGCUGCUUUGGACCUUGCCGAGAGAAAAGAAACUGGGUAUAGAGGUGGGAAAUGCCAGUUCUGCCCGAUAGGUCCAGGAGGGUUCACAGAGCAUCUUCCUCCACAGCGUCCCAGUCACCACUGGCACCAAACCCUUCCCAGCACUCCAGUAUAUACAUAACCAGGUUUCAUAAAGGAGGGAGGUAGCUGAGGGGCAGAGGAGAAAACACCAGUUGAGCAAAUGUCUUGUCAACCCUUAUACUGGCAAGGCGAAAAGAAUCGGGGUGGGGGAGAGUAUUAAAUGUUUUGCUGCUUCUGCUGUGCAUUUGCUGUGCUACACCAUGAUCUUGAAACCGUGGGAUCUGUUGGGAAUGCCCAGAAGCAUCGACUGAGACGCAAGGUCCUGUGUCAGAUAUUUCUGAAGAUGUCGCUCUGUAGCAAUAAGAACUCCCUUUUUACAGUGCAUGGGGCCUGUCCCCGUGCCACGGGUUAUCAAUCUUCCUGGGGCUUCUGGAAAUGUCACUGAACAAAACAAUAAAAUACAGAGAGGUAAACCCAAGCACAGCUGUAAGCUGAAUGCCUCAUUAGUACUGUGGGACAGUUUGCUUAUGCUAGGCCAGAAAUGGUAAACCAAUGAGAGUGUAUUGCCCUGAAAUUUAAUUUUAUACAUUGAAUGUUUGGGGGAUUUCUGUUUAAUGUUGGUUUUUGUUUGACUGGUUAGUUGGGUUUUUUACUACUCCUGUUAGAGUCCUUUGUUUUAUAACUUGACGGAAGAGUUUCGCUCACAUUAGACAACGGUGUAUCCAGUAGGCCCUUUAAGGUUUAAUGAUCUGUAGGCAGCCGAGUUUGAAUUUUUUAGAAUAGCUUCUGAAAUGAGUCACGUAAAUGGCUCAUUGAUGCACAACAUCAACCACUGACUGGAAGGAUUUUCUUUCUUUCCAUCGUUCUAGCAUCAUUGACAGUGGUCAGCAUGUCUUGAUACCCAGGUGAGCAGCGCAGCCUUAACGAUAGGAAUAUUUUACAGUGGAGUUCAUGAGUACAGGCAUGUCAAAUCCUCGCUUUUUACAACCAAAGUUCCUUAAAAAGACACUUCCAGCCUCAUCAGCCUUGACUGCUUGUUUUCAGACUUCUAGGGAUUCUUGGGGCGGUCUCUGCAAUGUGUGUGGAUAGGAUGGUUUGGGGUUUUUUUUUCCAGCGGGCUGGGGGGGGGGGAGGAGCGAUUUUUUUUUUUUUUUUUUUUUUUUUUUUUUUUUUUUUUUUUUUUUUUUUUUUCCCCCUUGCUAUCUAUGGAGAAGGACCUUUCCACUCAAGGAUGGAGGCAUGUAUUCUGGAAGGAGCAACAGUAUUAGGAGCUGUUUUCCAUGGUCCCUUUAAACUUAUUGGGACUAUAAUAUUAUUAUUUUUAAUUAUUUAAAAGGAAAACUGAUAACAGAUGGACUGAAACAUUCGUGACAGGUGACUAGCCAAGGCUGUAAGUCCAGGAGGAGCACACAUCGUCCAGACCGUGAGGAUUCUGGUCCACGCCGUAGCUAGGAAGUGUCAUGCCGACAAACCAAACCAUCAGGAAAUCCUUGUUUGCAGCCAGUCUGAAAAGAGAAGCUGUUCCUCGUUCGUAUGUUCGUUUUUCGAAACCUCCUGUUGGGAGCUGAAUUCUUGUUGUUUCAUCAAGCAAACAAUUAAUGUUCUCCUUUCCCUCCUCACCCUCCCUCCCCUCAGUAACUUGUGUGCAUUUCCUUCCUUUCUGUAGAUGCAGAUGUUCUAGGCAAUACCACAGAUGCACCUGCGUGUGUCUCUACCUGCGAGUGCAAGAAUCUCAUGUCAUCUUAAAAAAUACAAAAAAAUAUACAAAAAAUAUACAAAAAAUAUCUUUUUUAGGCCAGAGUUUUCUACAGGUAUUAAUGAAUAUUUUUCUUAAUCCUUAUAAGUUUUAUGUGUUUAAUAUUUCUUAAUACCGGUAGCAUUAAUUUAUACUUUUGUAGCAACACAAUAUUUUUAUAAACCGCCACCGCUGGCUUUGUCUUCAUAAUGGGGAAAAGUGCGGGCAACUGGCCCCGCACUGUACCAUGUACUGUAUUUAAAAGGUUAUCUAAUGUCACACUUGCUGUGUUAAUAAACAAAACAAAACCUG